AUGUGGAGGAAGGUAGGCGACUCCUAUGUCGUGGCGGCCACCAGUUUCGAAAGCGACGUUCCGAUAGCACCAAAGAAAAAGCGUGGAUGGGCAAACGUGGUUGCCGGCAAAUUUAGUCCAUUAGCAAAUGAUCCGUCAAAGUGUAGUAUAGAAUAUUUGGUAUCAGUGGAUUUGAAGGACAAGAUAACACCGAAAGCUGUGCUAAGCUCAGGAAUCGCUGAUAUGAUGAUAAAGGAUGCUCGUUACGCAUACAAAUAUGUUGAGGAAGAGCAGUCGAAAAAGAAAACUGAAUAG